CGUGUUCGUCAAACGCGGAUAGCUGGUUUGCCAGCUGGAAGUUAAACAAGCAGCGACAUGUUUAAACGUUUGUAAAAAGACCGGAUAAGGAGAUCGUAUUAAAAGUUUGUACGAUUCAUUGACGCGGAAAAUUUAUUCGUAGAAAAGAAUUAUUUUUUUGUUUUUGUGAAAAAUCAACAGCAACGACAACAAUGUAAAUCGAUUUUGAAAGGUUAGAUUCGGAUUUUAUUGUCGAAUUAAACGAAGAGAAUAAUCGAUCGUCGAGACAGUGAGAAGACGAGCGUAUCGGAUUAAUAUGUUAUUUGAGGAUAACGAACGUGAUAAGUGCGUCAUAAUUGAUAAUUUUGUUUCUUUUUUCUGAUGCUUUUCUUUUUCUAUUCACACGCUUUUCAAUAUAAUAUAAUAGUGAUAAGUAAAACGCUUCGUAAUAGUUCGUAAAAGAUUCUUCGUAUUGAUGAUAUAAUGUUCAAGGGAUGAGAGAGAUGAGUUCGCUGAUAAACUUUUAUCGAAACGUGUUAUUAAUCGUGACGUGAAUUUCUUUUUACCUUUUCUUUUUUUUUCAAACGAUUUUUUUGAUCCUUUCGAAAAGGAAGAUUUUGAAAGUAAAUGACAGAGGAAGUGGGAAGUGGUAAAACAUUAUUCCAAGAAAUCAUCCACGCGGAGGAAAUCGAGUUAAAACUGCGGAACGCGAUGGAGGGAGAUAUAAUGUUUUUGCGUCCUUGGUCUUAAGGCUUUAAUAUAUAAAGGCAAACAGUGGCUCUUACUGCAGAAUCAGAACGAGGAAAGUCUCGGUCCGUGUAUUUAUAGUCAGAAGUAAUGCCGACGAAUGAAAAUAAGAAGUUGGACGAGUCCUUGAAAUAGACGACAGAUUUUUAUAAACAAAGUGACAAUACUAUCGAUUCCAGUAUAUCGUUAAAUCGAAAAUUUUCGAAUAAUACCACGAUGUCGUCGAAGGAAUUGCACGGUAUUCCGAUAAAUUCAAAUGGAUUGGAAGUUCUCAUUGGUGAACAUUUAACGAAUGAUUUACGGAACGAAAAAGAAACCAAUCAGAUUAGGGGAUACUACGAAAGUUUAUCCAAUCGCAUCCUACACGAAAAAUUUUUAAGGGACUUGAUCGAUAUAUUAUUGGAUAAAGCAGUUUUCGAGGGUACAUCAAGGAAAGAAAAAGUCGUGGAAUGGGUGGAACCAAAGAAACUUCCCUUUUUGAUAGAUUUGACCUUACCAAUGAAUGGAGUAUCACACGAAGAAUUAUUAUCGUUAGCUCGUAACAUUAUAAAGUAUAGCGUAAAAACAGGUCAUCCACAUUUCGUCAAUCAACUUUUCUCCAGUGUGGAUCCUUACGGUCUCGUAGGUCAAUGGUUAACCGAUGCUUUGAAUCCCUCGGUUUACACUUACGAGGUAUCGCCAGUGUUUUCCUUGAUGGAGAACGAGGUGCUCAAAGAAAUGAGAGAAAUAAUUGGUUGGGAAAAUGGUCGAGGCGAUGGAAUAUUUUGUCCUGGUGGCUCAUUGGCCAAUGGUUAUGCUAUCAAUUUAGCGCGUCAUUAUAAAUUUCCUGAAUUUAAGGAAAUUGGCUUAUCGCAAACACCUAGACUCGUUAUAUUUACGUCCGAGGAUGCUCAUUAUUCGAUGAAGAAGUUGGCUGCUUUCCUUGGUAUCGGUGCUAGCAAUGUUUGUUGCGUUAAGGUCGAUGAACGUGGUAAAAUGUGCAUUCAAGAUUUGGAAUUACAAAUAGACGAAGCUCUGCGCCAGAAAGCUGUACCUUUGAUGAUAUCUGCUACCGCUGGUACGACCGUUCUAGGUGCGUUCGAUCCACUCGAAGAUAUAUCUGCUAUUUGCACGAAGUACAACAUUUGGUUCCACGUUGAUGCAGCUUGGGGUGGGGGUGUUUUGAUGUCGAGGAAGUAUCGUUUCUUGCUCAAUGGUAUUGAGCUGGCAGAUUCGGUAACUUGGAACCCUCACAAGUUGCUCGCCGCACCUCAACAAUGUUCGACUCUUUUGAUACAACAUGAAGGCUUACUUGAGUCUGCACAUGCCUCAAAAGCGAGCUAUUUGUUCCAGCCAGACAAGUUUUACGAUACAUCUUAUGAUUCUGGCGACAAGCACAUUCAAUGCGGCCGAAGAGCUGACGUAUUGAAAUUUUGGUUUAUGUGGAAGGCCAAAGGUACCAAUGGUUUUGAGAAACACGUCGAUCGCGUCUUUGAAUUAUCACGAUACUUUACCGAUUACAUUCGUCAACGAAAGGGAUGGAAGCUCAUAUUAGAGCCCGAAUGUACGAAUGUUUGUUUCUGGUACACACCGCCAUUGAAACGUCAUUUAAAAGACGAAGAAUUAUCUAAUCUUCUUCAUAAAAUUGCUCCGAUCAUCAAGGAGCGUAUGGUCCGCAAAGGAUCCAUGCUAAUUACAUAUCAAUCUUUACAUAAUCUUCCUAAUUUCUUUAGACUCGUUUUACAAAACUCUGGAUUGACGGAAGCUGACAUGAGAUUUUUUGUCAAUGAAAUAGAAAGUUUAUCAUCCGAUCUUUGAAAGUAUUUCUGAAAGUAUCAACACACGUCGAUGAUAUCGAUGAAAGUAUAAAUUUUUUUUUUAAUCUGGGAUUUACAAACUCGUAUCAUGUAAAUAGUAUUUUUAGUAUCCAUGUAUUAAUAUUGACAUACAUGUAUAUAUGUAUCUAAAAAAAAAUAUAUAUAUUAAAAUGAAAUUAUAAGCUAUUAAUA